CAAUAGUGUUGUAGAAAUUAAUAAAAUCAAUGUAUUAAUUGAACCAUCGGCAGUAUCAUGUGAAUUGUCCAAUAUUGAAAUCUGGAUGAGUAGGUAUUGUAAAGAUUCUAAUAAUAGGUAUUAAAUCUUUAUUUUACAAUAACAUACGAGGGCAUACCCAAAUGAAACCAAAUUGUUGUUAUGUGGGACAGAGUUUAAGUAGUACCGAUUUUUUUCCAGUAGGGGUGUAUAAAUAUACUUCUCAACAUUCAAUAUGCCAAUGGCCGUCAUCCUGGAAGGUUGUGUUAUGUUGGUGUGAUAUUUUUUUUAAAAGUUAUUUUUCGUACUCGUCGUUUUUGUAAUGACUGAUUUGCGUGAACAGCGCGCGACCGUCAAGUUUUGCUUCCUGCUCGGGAAAACAGGCACAGAAACCCUUGAGAUAUUAAAAACAGCUUACAAAGGUGAUGCUUUAUGGAAAACUCAAGUAUUUUAGUGGUUUUCCCGUUUCAAAAGUGGUGAAAUGUCGAUAGACGACCAAGCUUGCUCUGGACAACCUACGACGGCGCGAACCAACGAAAAUGUAGAAAAAAUUCAAAAAAUUAUCCUGGAAGAUCAAUGGCAAACCAUCGAAGAAGUAGUGGAGAAAUCUGGUGUGACAUGGAGUUCAGUACAGAGAAUUUUAAGUGAAGAUUUGGGGGUGAGACGGGUGGCUGCAAAAUUUGUUCCUCGACUGCUAACUGAGCAGCAAAAACAAGGCCGUGUGGAAUCAUGCACUUCUUUGAAAGAAGAAUUCCAAAAUGACCCAAACUUCUUUUCCAAGGUCAUUACAGGUGACAAAUCAUGGUGCUAUGUAUAUGAUCCUGAAACCAAGCAACAAUCGAGCCAAUGGAAGACUCCAGCAUCGCCUCACCCUAAAAAAGCUCGUCAAACAUUAAGACAAUGCGCAUUUGUUUUUUUGAUGUGAGUUCGGAGAUCAUUCAGAG